AUGAGAAUAUCGACUUGGAAAGAACCUUGUAAAACCGCACAGCAACAUAUGCUAAGUUUAAUUUCACUUCCCUAUGGCUGGGAAACUCGAUUCGACCCAGAAAGUGGUCGACAAUUUAUACCAGACUUAUCGCAUUUAUCAAGUGAAGAGAUUCUACAAGAAUAUAACCUCUGUCCAGAUUGCAAUCAACCAAAUACCUAUGAAAAUUGGUGUCAAUCUUGCUAUACUAAAAAAUUUAUACGUAGCUUUUCAAGUUGGACAAGUGGAAAUCAAUUCAUUGAUGUAUUUAUACAAAACACUCAGAUUGACGCUACAAAUAUGUUUGAAAAUAAUUGGCACAGAGCUAUAGGGUUAAUUGACGAUGAUUGGAAGUAUAAAGAAUUUUCAGAUCGUGAUAGUGAUAAUUUAAACAAUGGUCUUUUUGUUGCAUUAAAAAAGCUUAAUGAUUCAUCAAAGAUUGACGAUCAAUUCUUAAAUGAAUUGAAACAGCAUUUAAAUGCUUUUAAGAUGACAAAAUUUUUAUUUCCAUUACUUGGAAUCACCCAAGAUCCUGAGUCUUUGGAAUAUAUAAUUGUGAUGAAUUAUGCACAUGGAGGAAGUUUAAGAAAUAUUAAAGAUAUAAGAGAUGAUAAAAUUAAACAGGCUAUAAUACAAUUUCGAAAUUCUGAUAAGGAACUUCAAGAAAUUUCUAUUCAACUAACAGUACAACAUGCGGAGGCAUACUUCACAAGUCGAACUAUUAACUUAUCUGAAAUAAAUCGUUUUAGUUCAGGAUUUAAAGAAAAUGAAGAAAGUGAUUAUAAAUUAUUCAAUGAAACACAAAUAGAGCAAGUCGAUAUAAACCAGGAAAUUUAA